AUGGCUUUGGGAGCACAGCAUGCUGCCCUACCUGCUUGGCUGUACUGCCGACGCAGUACCGCGCCGCACCGCGAUUGCUGUUUGCGUGGAAGCCCUCAGAAGGGACAAUGGCUACAACGGCAGCCGGCAUGGCUUUUGCAGCCAUCAGCACUCCGUCCGUUGUCCCCUUUUUCAGUGGCGACCUGUGCCGGAGCUGUCAUUGCCAGAAGAAGCUUGAAGACAAUGAAGGCGUACAAUGCGUACAAUUUGAAAACUGCUCCGCUCCCAGACGGCUUGGGCGAAACGCUUGAGACCAUCGAAACUGUUCUCACGAAGAAGAACCCUCAGAAGCACGACCGAAUUCGUGACCACGAGCUGGGGCCCCUGUUGCCGAAGCGUUGGUGGACACAUCUAGGAGCCCAACUGAAGGCCCAGGAGGAGGCCUCCGGACCUUUGCCAGCGGAUGCUUGGAUCUCACUUCGCCUUGAUGGCUGCUGCUGGGGCACCGUAAUGUCUCGUCUCAAGAGCUCCGGCGUUCUGGAGCAGGGCUUUCGGAACGAGAUUGCCGAAGCCAUGAUCACAUCCUGCCGGGCUGUCAUGUGCGAGUUUGAUGGCAUUCUGGGCUACACACACAGUGACGAGAUGACAAUUAUCGUCCCACCGGGAAGCCGAGUGUGCGACGGCUCCGUGUCCUGGUGGGUGAGCACUGCAGCAAGCGUAGCCAGCGCUGCAUGCAACCGCUCUUUGGCGAAGCUGGCGGCUGCACGAGGCCUGCAACUUCCAGAGAUCGUCAUGGCACACUUUGACUGUCGAGUGGGGGUCUUCGACUCCGCACGGCAAGCCGAAGGAUUGGUGCUUUGGCGAGCUGCAGAUUGCAAUGUCAACUCUGCGUCGGACGCCAUAAAGUUCUCGGACGCACCUUUUGCGGUUCGUGAGUACAACACCAUCCAGAAGCUGUGUUACCUUCAAGAGCGCUCUGGGCUUCCCAUGCAGAGACAUCAGGCCUAUGGUUCUCUCAUCGGACGGAUCGCCCUGGAAGGCCGAGGAGAUGUGCUGGUGCUUCUGAACAGUGGGUGUCACUCCUUGCCCAAGCACAUCCACAACCUCGCUCGACUUGGCACUCUGGUUCCCAGCCGUUCAGGUCAGAAGCUUCGCGGGCCUGCGAAGAGGCUUCGGACAUUCAGAAGAUGGUGGAUAAGGCUCCAAAGAGGCCUUGGGCUGGUUUCAGGUCCCAUAUCGGAGCAGGCUUCCAAGUUUGGCUUGCUGGACUUUGUGGUUUGGCCUUGCAGCGCUCCUAAGUGCGUUAAGGUUGCGGGAUAA